AUGUCGAACCCGGGCCUUACAAACGGACUAUUCCUCAUUUCUGUGCAGAUGGGCGAGACAAUUGUACGUUGUGUGGGUAUGAUGAGGAGCAUAUAUGAGCAGCAUGCUGGAGAGAACAUUCUUGAUGGGCUUGUAUCAAUUGAUAUACAAGCCCAGAGCGCUUAUCAUGCCAACUGUCUGACCAUAAUGCCGGUUGUAUCCAUAAAUAAUAGGCAUGUUGAGUCACAUUCCGGUGGAACUCGCACAUCCGGACCGUUUCGUCAGAUCGAUCAUCUGCAGCGUGUCGAAGAACGUUGUCAUUUUUACUUUGCAUAG